AGCCGGACGGAGCCGCGGGGGCUCCGCGCCGACGCGCGACGGUCACCCCGAAAGGCAGAGCCCAGGAAAAUCUUUGGACUGAUCCUUUGCCAGCCAUCAAGAGUACAGACACGUUUCCACCCUUCCCUCCUGUAAGCUGCCACCAUGACGCUGACCCGAGGGUCCUUCACCUACUCCAGUGGGGAGGAGUACCGUGGCGAAUGGAAGGAGGGCCGUAGGCAUGGCUUUGGUCAACUGCUGUUUGCAGACGGUGGCACCUACCUGGGCCAUUUUGAGAACGGGCUGUUUAAUGGCUUCGGGGUCCUGACCUUCUCAGACGGCUCAAGGUAUGAGGGGGAGUUUGCCCAGGGCAAGUUUAAUGGUGUCGGGGUCUUCAUUCGGCACGACAACAUGACCUUUGAAGGGGAAUUCAAAAACGGCAGAGUGGAUGGUUUCGGGCUGCUGACUUUCCCUGACGGCUCUCACGGGGUCCCCCGCAAUGAGGGCCUGUUUGAGAACAAUAAGCUGCUGCGCCGCGAGAAGUGCUCAGGGGUGGUCCAGCGGGCGCAGGGAGCCUCCAAGUCAGCCCGGAGCCUCGCCGCCUGACGGGCCCGGGCAAAGCAAAGACCCCAGAGGUUCCCUGGACCGGUGGACCGACCCGUGGACUGGCAGCCCUGUGAUGUGGGUGCCCCAUCACCUGCCGAUCAGGAAGUCGCUGCACACACACAAGAGCCGAGGAGCCUGGCCCGGAGAGCCGGCAGCCCAUUCCCAGUUCUGCUCCUCCCUCUGUAAGUAGCCCGGAUGUGCGUGUGUAAACGACAGAGGAGCCUCCUGCUCUCACUUGUUGGUCCCCCUGUGUCCCCCAAACCUUGGGUUACCCAGGGUGGGCCCGCUGCUGCCUCCACGUCGUCAUCUGCCCUGUUGUGCCGAAGGUCUUCACCCUGCCCACAUUAGGGGCAGAGAGAGGGUCCUGACUCCUACUUAGGGCCAGUGCUUUGGGCUGCCCUGGAGAAGUAAUAGAAAGAGAGGGUGGGAGUGGGGGUAACUCGGUACCCCACGGUGAAGUCCCCAGUCAGAGCUGCCCAGUCUGGAGGCCCUCCUGCACUGCUGGUGGGGAUCCUGGCUCCACGCUCUCUACCUCGUCUGCAGCACUGGUGCUCGUCUGCGUCUGCACCUGGGGAGGGCUCAGUAGAGUGCAGUUUCCUCUCCACCCACUGUACAAGCCACCUUCCUUACCCGAGUUCCAGCAGAGAACCCCCAGCCCGCCCUCUCUCCCUCCUUCGACAUAGCAGGGUCCCUUUACAGGAUGUCCAUAUCUUUCCAACGCUAGGGGAAGGCCACUCCAGGCCGCGCCUUGGGAAGGGCUUGGCCUCAUGCAGUUCCUUCCUGGGCGUCCAGCAAGUCAUACCAACCUCAGCUCCCUGAGAUUUAGGUAGAGCUGGCCCAUCCUGAGCCUGCCGUGAACUCGGAGGGCCCCCAGCUCACUGCAUCCUCCCCUCGAGCCCUGGCCAUCAGGCCCGGGGACCCAAUCUCUAUCAGUAGAGUCCCCUCACGUGGCGUCUCAGGACCUGUGGUUACGUGGUGACCAGACCUGCCCCCUCGCCCCUGUAGCCUCACUCUGAACGUCUCUUCAGCCGUUGUGGUGGAACUCAGUCAUGUGCCUCUGUGUAACCUCCGAGCUGUACUGCUGGUGUGGAAUAAACGAGUCUCAGACCA